GAAACUAUGCAGGUUAAUCUGUUGCCAUGGUAACCUCCCCCACCUUUACCUCUGUGCCUGUAGCAAGUUUGUGAUGUGAGUCAGAGCUUGCUAAAUUAGGAGUUUGUUUUUCUGUCUUUAACCUCAGUACAGGUGAUAUUUUUAAAACAAAAUGCUUUGACCUACCCUAUAACCCCCCUUUGUAAAUAGUGUACAGAUAUAUCACAAUGGUGGAUUACUACAAAGUGUUAGGAAUUUCUAAAAAUUCUUCAGAAACUGAUGUUAAAAAGGCAUACAGAAAACUAGCACUUAAAUGGCACCCUGACAAAAACCCCGACAAAAAAGAGGAGGCAGAAAAAAAAUUCAAAGAAAUAUCUGAGGCUUAUGAAGUACUAUCAGACAAAAAGAAGCGGGAACUUUAUGACAAAUAUGGAAAAGAAGGAUUAAUUAAUGGUGGUUCUGAUUACGAUUUCCAAGACAAUUAUGAUCACUUCCGUGGUUUCCAUUUCCACAAUCCAAGAGAUGUAUUUAAAGAAUUUUUUGGCGGAAGAGAUCCCUUUGAAGAUUUUUUCGGAGGUGAAAACAGUGGUUCCUUCUUCACAAAUUCUUUUCCAGGAUUUCCGUCAAUGGGCGGAGGUUUAUUUGGUAACACUUUUGGAGGGGAAACAGGUCGAAGAAGAAGUAGUAGGAGUAGGCGGGGUGACGCUCAACAGUCAAGACGACCCAGGAUUGGUGCAUUUCAUUCAUUUGGUCACCCAGCAGAACAUGUUGGGAUGCUGGGAUUUCCUGUACACUUUGGACUUUCAUCAUCUAUAUUUGACCAUCAUCCUUCUAUAGGGAUGUCACCUGGAAUGUCAUCGUUUACAAGUACAUCAUUUGGUGGACCCUCAAAUGCAGGAGGAAACUUCCGCUCAACUUCUACGUCAACAAAAAUUGUCAAUGGCAAAAGAAUUGUAACAAAAAAAGUUGUAGAGAAUGGUAAAGAAACAGUAACAGUAGAAGAAGAUGGUGUAGUUAAAUCACAUCUUGUGGACGGCAAGUCUCCAGCAAUAUGUAACUAAUGGGACCACUCUUAUUCAAAGCGAUUCUGUGUUAAAUUGUAUAUAACUCAUGUAUUUUAAAACACAUCAUUGACUAAGAUUCAUUUGUUAUGUUGAUGGCUCAGAAUCUUUACACUUAGAAUAAUUGGAUUCUAGAUUGUUUCUGUAGCAUGUUGGGUUAUUUAACUGCAAUUCACAGAAACUGAUGGUAUGAAAAGUAGUUUUCCAUUGGACAAUUAAUGAGUUUAUUUCACCAGUGAGAUCAUUCCAUUAGAAGGAAAGUUAAUUAUGAUUAGAGAGUUUUCAUAUGCAUAAGAUCUUAAAAAGAAGGCAACCACAAAAAAUAAGGUCUAGUAACAACUGUUUAACAUAAGUUCUAUGAAGAACACAGAAAUAAUGAAGAGUAAAUCAGCUAUAUAAGUGGAAGGUAUUGUAAUCCACUGGUAUAUGGGAUAGAUUUCCAUGUAAUUUUACUGACCUUAUUCUGAUACAGACAAGAAUAAUAAAUCUAACAGUUAUUUUUUUCUGUAGAUUUAACAUAUCAGAAAGGUUACAUUAAAAAAUGACUAAAAACAAAUGUAGCAUGCCUUGACUUAAGAAGCUAUUUUUUUUUAGAUUAUUAUUUUAUAGAAUCAUGUGUGUGAUAAUACUUCACAUGAAAGAAGUUUUUUUUUUUUUAAUUAUAGAAAUGUAAUCUUACGAAAAAAAGAUUUGCUAAAUUCAAAACUCAGGGAAUGUGUUGUAAUAUUUGGAAAUAUUUGUUAAGAAAUUACUUUGUGGAACUUUUCUAUUGAAACAUUACUUCAUUUUCUAGGAAAGUCACAAAUACACAUAAAAGUGGCAUUUAAAAUUUUAGACUUUCAUGAGUGAAAAUUUCAAAAUAACAAUUAUUUGAGCUGAUCUCAAUUUCAUUUGCUGAAGUAAUGUUUUAAAGGUCUAGUCCGAAGCAAGGAUAAGUCUUUAAUCAGGCAUGAUGUUUUUAAGAGGCACAUACACACGUUUAAGCAAAAGAACCUUGGAAAUAAAAGUCCUUUUUAGCUUAGAAAAAAAAAAAUGAUUUUUAACAAUGAGCCAUCAAUGAUGCUUUAAAUGUUUAUAUUAUAUCUAUUUACCAUUUUAUAAUUUAACUGAACUUUCUUGAAAGUGCAGUAAAUAAAAAUGUCUCUGUUGUUUAUCAUAAAUCUGCAUAAUCAUACAUAGAUUAGAUGACAACACUUGCUACAUGUGUGAAACAUAAACACAUGUUCUAAGUCAAGGUCAAACAUAAACACAUGUUCUAAGUCAAGGUCAAACAUAAACACAUGUUCUAAGUCAAGGUCAAACAUAAACACAUGUUCUACAUCAUUGCUGCAAGAUUUGUAGAGUGAGAGAGUGGUGUUUAGUUUUAUAAAUGUCUUGUCUAAAAACAAAAUUGAAUACUGAUAUUUUGACAAUGUUAGGACUUAUCUUGCAAAGACAACUGUGUAUUGUUAUAGAUUGUUCAUUAACCUCUGGAUAUCCUUUGUUCUCUUUGUGAUAUUGGCUGGGUUGCUGUCUCAUUAAACUUUUCCCUAAAUCUCAUUUUAUUCAUAGAUGUAAAAUAAUAUUUUUCAUUAAAAAUUGCUGGAAAUAUAAUACACUAUGACAGGCAUUGGUGUAUAUUCUUACCCGAAUCAUUUUAAAUGGGUAUUAGAGAACAUGAAUAGUUCAUGUAGAAAUAUAGUAAAUAUACUGUAAGCCUUUUAUUGAAUACAUUUUUGUUUAGUUGUUUGUUGUCCCCCCUAACUAAGAUGAUUCAAUUAUUGUUUACCCUUCUUUUCAUUUGUCCCAUAUUUAAGUCUUGCAUUAAAUAUGUAUGAUGCUAAGUUUGUUAAAUUGCUUAUACGUCUGAAGAAGACUUGGUUUUGUUUUGUAUUUUAACCUUUGUUACUUACUAAUUUUGUUUGUAUGAAUACAUCCAAGUGUUUUAUUUUAUCAUUUUAAAAGAUAUAUGCAGUUUUGAAAUUAAAAUUGUUAUUCUUGACAUUUUGUCAGAUUCAGAACUAGAAAACUGAAGUAAAGUAAGUUUUUCAGUGAUUAAUUCCCCCUUUGAACAAGAAACAUCUGAAUACACUACAAGACCAUCAUGUGAGCUAUGGUGAGAAGUGUGCUUCGUAUUUUCAUGAUGCAAGUUUUUUUUCAUCAUAUUAGAAAAGCAAGAAACAAACCAAAGUCCAGUCUAAAAAUCAGCAUUGUGUUUAUGUAAACAAAUUUGGUGAAUUUGAAUAUUCCAAAUGGUUUAAACUAUUUUUUGCAUUGUGUAUGAAUGAGAGAAAAAAAGGAUAUUGUUUGUAAAUGUUAUUUGUAUGAAGAUGUUGUCUGUUUGUAUGUAUAUUUUGGAUCAUUAUAUGUUUGCCGCUAAUGCUGGCAUUAUUCUUAUAUCUUAUUGCUGGAGUUACUAUGGAAACUUCAUGUAAUAAAAAUUUUCUCAGA